GUGGAAGACCGAUCAUGUUCGUGUAGACCUUUCCACUACUCUGAUCACAGCCCCAACUAUCAAAGUCUUCUAGAUCAACGCGGUACCUUCUGUGUUUUUUUUUGUUUCCAACAGUAGGCCGUGAGUUUAUAUAUACGAUAAAACCGCGUACAUGCUGUCUAGCCAAGUUCAUAGCUGAGCCUGAACCUCCAAUGGCAAGCAAAACUUCUAGUCUUUCAUGGCUUCUCCUCCUCAGCCUCGCGACCAUUCUCUUUGUUGGUCACUCAGCUUCACAGAAUGAUCGAAAGGCUUAUAUUGUCUAUAUGGGAGAACGAGGACGGCGGCAGGACGAGGUUUCCACAUCAUCCCUUCACACGAGCAUGCUACAAGAAGUCAUUGACAGGCCUUUAACUGGUCAAAUCUAUAUAAUUGGAUUCAGCAAUACUGGACCGGAAUCUCUACUUUAUAGCUACAAGAGGAGUUUCAAUGGAUUUGCAGCGAAGCUAACCAAGGAAGAAGCUCGAAGAAUGGCUGGAAUGGAAGGCGUAGUGUCUAUCUUCCCCAACAAACAGAAUAAGCUCCACACAACAAGGUCAUGGGACUUCCUUGGCUUCUCACAGCAAGUUGAAAGAACAACAGUUGAAAGUGACAUCAUUAUAGGAGUUCUUGACAGUGGAAUCUGGCCCGAGUCUGAUAGCUUCAGCGACAAAGGAUUUGGUCCACCGCCUAGCAAAUGGAAGGGCACCUGCCGAGCCUCAACCAACUUUACUUGCAACAAUAAAAUCGUAGGAGCACGAUAUUACCAUAGCAAUGGAGUUUUUUCAGAAAAUGACAUUAGAUCUCCUCGAGAUUCAGACGGCCACGGGACACAUACUGCAUCCAUAGCAGCUGGGAAUGUUGUUAACAUGGCAAGCGUACAGGGGCUCGGUUCGGGAACAGCACGAGGAGGGGUUCCAUCAGCACGCAUUGCUGUGUACAAAGUAUGUUGGCUUAAUGGCUGUAGUGAUGCUGACAUUCUUGCAGCUUUUGAUGAUGCUAUUGCUGAUGGCGUCGACCUAAUAUCUAUUUCAAUCGGUGGAACUGCUGAUAGCUAUUUUAAAAAUUCAAUUGCCAUCGGUGCUUUUCAUGCUAUGAAAAAUGGAAUAUUGACAUCAAACUCAGCUGGUAACAGGGGUCCAGGUCUAGCAACCCUCACAAACAUUUCGCCCUGGUCUCUCUCCGUGGCUGCAAGCGCCAUUGAUCGAAAGUUCUUCACUGAGGUCCAAUUGGGUAACGACAAGAUCUAUGAGGGAAUUUCAAUUAAUACAUUUGACCUCAAGAAUAAAAUGUAUCCGAUGAUUUAUGGCGGAGAUGCACCAAACACCACAGCGGGUUCUCAGGGUUCCUAUUCCAGGUAUUGUCAGCCAGAUUCGUUGGAUCAGAAUUUAGUGAAAGGAAAAAUUGUACUUUGUGAUUUGGUCGUUGAUGGGGAAGGAGCAUUUCAAGCAAGCGCGGUUGGAACUGUGAUUAUAGGCCCAGGGCGCAAGGAUGUUGCCUACUCUUUUCCCUUGCCCGCAUCUUACCUUGGCAUCGAAGAUGGUACCAACGUCUACAUCUACUUAAAUUCAACAAGGAGCCCGACUGCGACUAUUCUCAAGACCAACGAGCGUAAGGAUGCAUUUGCACCUUACAUACCCCCCUUCUCAUCAAGGGGUCCAAAUGUAGCUACGUCCAACAUUCUCAAGCCAGAUUUAGCAGCUCCUGGACUCAACAUUCUAGCAGCAUGGUCACCAAUCUCCCCAAUUUCCGAGGUUGAAGGUGAUAAUAGAAAACUAUCAUUCAAUAUUCUGUCUGGCACCUCCAUGGCUUGCCCACAUGCCACAGGAGCUGCUGCCUACGUCAAAUCCUUGCACCCCAAGUGGUCACCUGCUGCUAUCAAGUCAGCUCUCAUGACUACGGCUGACCCCAUGAGUGCUGGAAAAAAUCCGGAGGCUGAAUUUGCAUACGGUGCAGGCAAUAUAAAUCCUUCAAAGGCUCCAAAUCCUGGUUUAAUCUAUGAUAUUGAUGCAGUUGACUACAUAAAAUGUCUGUGCGGACAAGGAUAUAAUACAAAAUCAUUACAACUUCUGACUGGGGACAAUAGUAGUUGUUCAGACGCCAUUAAUGGAACCGUGAACGAUCUAAACUAUCCUGCAUUUGCCCUAUCAACGCCGCCCUUGACAUCCAUCAAUCGUGUUUUCAAUCGGAUUGUCACCAAUGUUGGAUCACCGACUUCUACGUAUAAAGCUAUUUUGAACUACCCACUUGGACUUAGAAUCAAAGUGACUCCUAGUAUUCUAUCUUUCACAUCUCUUGGACAAAAGCUACCGUAUACGCUCACGAUCAAAGGAACUAUAGAUAAGUUUAUAGUCACUGCUUCUUUAACGUGGGAUGACGGUACCUUCCAAGUGAGGAGCCCGAUUGCUGUUUUUUUUCCCUGACGAAGCUCUGGAAAACUUGCUAUCUAAGACUUUGCUCCAGUUAGAAUUGGCAUUGAUAAGGUGCAUGUACCAAAUAAAGAUUCUAUCUUGCAAUUUUAA